CAGCCGAAGCCACACCAACUACCACUAAGGCCGACGAUAAAGAUAACUCAUCAGACGAUUCAAAAACCAUAACGAGUGAUGUUAAGACGACUACUGCUGCCGACUCCGACAAGCCUCAGACUACGAACCUUAAUACGGCCGUAGUAACCACAAAAACCGGAAGUCAUGACAAUAGUACUGCCAAGCCCACACACCAAACGUUCGACCCGCAGGAUGGAGCUGGUGGUGUCGCCAUGCUCACGCCGGCCAUUACUGCGGGAACAACACUUUACAGAAUUGGAGAUCCGACACCAAUCACUUGGGUUUGGAACUACACUUCCCUGCAAGGCACGCCCACCGCUAUUGAUGUUCUAGUGUCCUGUUCCACGGCCUCUGCCACAUGGACCCUGACUCAGAACAUGACCUUUCAGCCGACCGCCACCUUUACCUGGGACACCGAGAAAUACUCCGAGAGCGCAGUGGCUAGCCCGCUGCUGGUCGCGCAGUACACCCUGCUAAUCUACGACUCGGAAUCGUCUGCUGAUGCGACCGCUGAAGCCGGGUACCUGGCACCGUUCAGCGGCUUCCAAUUCGGUUUGUACACGGCCCGACCGUACCAGGACCUCGGAGAGUGGAAGUGCGCAACCUGCAGCGGCGCAUUAGGAGAUCUCGACCGCCAGGCCCUGGGUUUCGCGAUAACUAUGAGCAUCAUCACCGUGCUCAGUUUCACGUGGUACGUGACAGGAAUCGCCGCGAUGCUGUAGUCGGUUCUACUACAAUCUAUUCGUAGGCGUACUGGCACAUGGCGAGAUGGUAUAUUUCUGACUGCAUAUAUUUCGGAAAUAAGGGACAGCAUCUUAAUGGAGAAGUUCUCAAUACGGUAAUCUAUCUAUCUGUCUAUCUAUCUGGGUUUAAGGAUACAUCAUCAUGUAGUGGCGUUUUUUGUUGAAAUGAAUUGCAAGGGCCGGAAGGGGGGGAAACUUCCGGCGUGGAUUCGAAAAUGGCGAAGAUCUAUCAUUUACAUAGAAAUCUACGGCAUCGGAAGGGUUAUUUAUAUCGCUAUAUAUGUAGCUCUUAAUGAUUACAUACACACCUAGUCAGGUUGCUUAAUAC